AUGUCAUCGCUGUCCAAUUUUUGGCGGACUGGCACAAAAAUAGUUUGCGUAGGGAGAAAUUAUAAGGAGCAUGCUUUGGAGCUUGGUAACCCUAUCCCAAAGAAACCAUUGUUUUUUGUAAAGACGACGAAUAGUUAUAUCACGGAAGGUCAACACAUACGUGUACCAUUCGGAUGUAAGAAGUUGCACCAGGAAGUGGAACUUGGAGUAGUUUUUCAGAAGGAGGCGAAAAAUCUCAGAAAAGAAGAUGUUUUUAGAUAUGUGGGAGGCUAUGCGGUAGCGCUAGACAUGACUGCUCGUGAUUUUCAAGAUGAAGCGAAGAAGGCUGGACAUCCAUGGUUUCUGGCAAAGUCAUUUGAUACGUCAUGCCCCGUUAGCCACUUUUUGGAAAGCAGUAAAAUUCCUAACCCCCAAAACGAAGAGUUGUACUGCAAGAUAAAUGGAAAGUUCCAGCAGAAGUGUAAGACAAAUGAAAUGAUCUUUGAUAUUCCAACUUUAAUCGAAUACGUAACAAAAUUUGUUACGUUCUAUCCAGGUGAUAUGUUGCUCACUGGCACACCAUCCGGGGUUUGUAGCGUCAAAAGUGGCGAUGAGAUAGAAUUUGGUCUGUCUGGAAAGAUAAAUGCAAAAUUUACCGUCCAGUAA